AUGAAUGUCAUAAUUAUAAAUAAUGAAAUACCCAUGUAGCUACUGUUGGCCUUGGUAUGCUCACAUUUCAUCCUUGAAAUCAAUAAAAGCACAAAUUUUCAUCCUGAAAGGAAAAUAAAAAUCCCGAUAAGAGAGUUUGCAACUAAAAUAAAAGGAGAAGAAGAGCGAAAACAACAUCAAAUUCAAAUUGCAAUACAAAAUAGGGCGAGAAGCAUCAACCACCAAUAGAUUGAAUGCUCAGGCUGAAGAGAAUAUACAGAAAGGUAACCAACCGUCCAUGAGAAAAGGAGCGGACAGAGCGCCAUAGUGAGAAAAGAGUCGGGUAAGAGUAUCGCGAGGAAUGGCCUCCGGAAGAUGCCAAACCAGCAGCGUAGCUGCCGAUGAAGAUCACUCCUCGCCGGGAUUCCACAUUAAUUGCUGGGUCAUCGGCGCCAUGAUUGGAAAAAGCCGCUUAUUUCAGUGGUGGAAAGAAACCCUAGAAACUGAUGUUUUGUCGGGAUGGAGGUUGAUUCGUAGAAAUUGAGAAGCAGAACACUAAUGAAAAGCGCUCGGUUUGCGGAGAAGAAAGCGCCGGCACCGGAGCCGGAGAAGAUGGGAGGAGAUAGAGACAGGCGGUGGAGAUGUGAAAAAUGCUCAUUCGAUGAGUCACAAAGAUAUUUGUAAAUCUGACGUGGCAUAGUUUUAUUGGAAGAGUGACCAUUCAGAUACGUGGCUCACCGUAAAAUAUCUAUUUAUUGAAUUUUUUGUAGUUUCUUAUUUCCCCGCGUUAAAAAGUGAAAAAACUAAAACCUCUCUGUUUCAAGUAAUUAAAUUGAGGGACAGCUCAAGAUUUCUGAAGAUUUAGAAUGAAGAACUAUGAUGAGCGUCUUGCUAAUUUGGCUCUGGCAGGUUUGACCCUUGCCCCACUUGUUGUGAAGGUAGACCCAAACUUAAAUGUCAUUUUGACAGCUUGUCUAACUGUCUAUGUGGGAUGUUAUCGCUCUGUUAAGCCUACUCCACCAUCAGAAACGAUGUCCAACGAACAUGCCAUGAGGUUUCCAUUGGUUGGGAGUGCAAUGUUGCUGUCACUGUUUUUACUUUUCAAAUUCCUAUCGAAAGACUUGGUUAAUGCUGUUUUGACGUGCUACUUUUUUGUACUUGGGAUUGGUGCACUAGCGGCAACACUGCUACCUGAAAUUAAAGGAUUCAUGCCCAGACCGUGGAAUGAUAAUGUUAUUACAUGGCAUUUCCCAUAUUUCCGGUCUUUGGAGGUAGAAUUUACCAAAUCACAGUUAAUUGCUGCAAUUCCUGGAGCCUUCUUUUGCGUGUGGUAUGCUAAACAGAAGCAUUGGCUAGCUAACAAUAUCUUGGGGCUCGCCUUCUCCAUUCAGGGAAUUGAAAUGCUUUCACUUGGCUCAUUCAAGACUGGUGCCAUUCUAUUGGCUGGGCUUUUUGUGUAUGACAUAUUUUGGGUCUUUUUCACCCCAGUUAUGGUUAGCGUCGCGAAAUCUUUUGAUGCCCCAAUAAAGCUUUUGUUCCCUACAUCAGAUUCUGCUCACCCAUUUUCAAUGUUAGGACUUGGUGAUAUAGUGAUUCCUGGGAUUUUUGUAGCAUUAGCUCUAAGAUUCGAUGUCUCCAGAGGGAAGGACCGCCAAUAUUUUAAGAGUGCUUUCCUAGGAUAUACAGCUGGUCUGGUGGUCACAAUCAUCGUAAUGAACUGGUUUCAAGCUGCACAACCUGCUCUGUUGUAUAUUGUGCCUGGUGUCAUUGGAUUUUUGGCUGCACACUGUAUAUGGAAUGGUGAAGUCAAACCUUUGUUGGCAUUUGACGAAUCAAAAUCAAGUGAGUCUGAAGAGACUGGUGAAGAUGAAGACUCCAACAACAAAGUAGACUGAGACGGUUGGUAGAAACAGAUUGUUGUACCUGAUUUUUGUCAUUAGCUAAAAACGUAUUAGCCUAUCUAUAACAAUUGGACCUUUUAGAUAUGAUCUAUAUUUGGUUUGGGAAUACAACAAGCUGCGCAUUAGAACAAGAACAGGAAAAUAUUAUAUUUGGUUUUACAUUA